CUCUAAAGAGAUAAUGUCAUGUAGGUACAGUAGGGAACUUCAUAACAGCACCCUUGUUGAUUGUAGUUCCAGGUCCAGCACAGCUUGGCACGGCACAGCUCGGCCCUACACAGUGACACAAACUAGGGACUAGUGACUUGUAAAGCAGUUGUUUUCGGUGCUACUGAAUCAUUAGAAUCAGUUAAUUAAACCCCUGUCUGAAACAGUCACUGAAAUGAAAGUCUAUCUAUCUAGUGUGUGAAUACGACAAAAGAAAAUACUGUAUUUAAGAACUAAAGUUGUGUAUACGUACUUUACUUUUGAAAUUACUUUUGAUACUUACAGUCAGUACAGUAAAUGUCAUAUACUUAAAGACUUUUCUGCUCUAGUAAUAUUGUAAAAAGGUGACUUCGCCUUCUGCCAAAGUUAUUUUCCUAGUAAAAUACUCACGUAACCAUUUUAGGUACUUUAAACAACACUGCAUAAUCUCAUAUUCAUUGAGAUGCCAAACACAGAGGCAGAGUUGUCAUUCACGUUUCCCCCGGGUGGGGGCAGUGCGGCGCCAUGACGGUUUUAAAUCAGCCAGGAAGCUGCGAAGAGGACAGAGAAGAAGCGGCAUGGCGGAAACAGAGCAGCAGUCAGGAUCCACUCCUGAGGAUGAAGCACCUGAAUUCACCUACAUGGUGCCAAAGAAAGAGAUCAGCAUGGUGCCUCACAUGGGCAAGUGGAAAAAGUCUCAGGCAUAUGCCGACUACAUGGGCUUCAUUCUGACACUGAAUGAGAGCGUGAAAGGAAAGAAGCUCACGUGUGAUUAUAAAGUGUCUGAGACGGCGGAGAAGUUAGUGGAUCUUUUGGCGACACUGGACCGGUGGAUAGACGAGACUCCGCCUGUUGAUCAGCCGUCACGCUUCGGUAAUAAGGCCUACAGGACCUGGUACGGCAAACUAGACCAGGAAGCAGAGGCCUUGGUGUCCGCAGUGAUUCCUGCGGACAAACACGCAGCAGCAGCAGAGAUAGCCGUCUACCUGAAAGAGUCCGUGGGGAACUCCACCAGGAUAGACUACGGAACAGGUCAUGAAGCGGCGUUCGCUGCGUUCCUCUGCUGUCUCUGUAAGGUCGGCGCUCUCAAGGUUGAGGAUCAGCUGGCGAUAGUUUUUAAGGUGUUUACCAGGUAUCUGUCUGUGAUGAGGAAGCUGCAGAGAACCUACAGGAUGGAGCCCGCCGGGAGCCAAGGUGUGUGGGGACUGGACGACUUCCAGUUCCUGCCCUUCAUAUGGGGAAGCUCCCAGUUAGUAGAUCACCCGACCAUGGAGCCGCGGCACUUCCUGGACGAGAAGGUGGUGAACGAGCAUCACUCGGACUACAUGUUUCUGGACUGCAUCAAGUUCAUCAAUGAGAUGAAGACGGGUCCGUUUGCCGAACACUCCAACCAGCUGUGGAACAUCAGCGCCGUUCCGUUGUGGUCCAAAGUGAACCAGGGCCUGAUCCGCAUGUACAAAGCUGAGUGUUUGGAGAAGUUCCCCGUCAUCCAGCACUUUAAAUUCGGCAGCCUGUUGUCCAUCGAGCCGGUGAAACCAUGACUCUCGCAGAACGGGGGAAUCUACGCUCACAACGACUGGGACACGCCAAACUCCGGCAGUCGGUCGGAAAAAAACCCACCAACGUUUCCCAUUUCUCCGGUAUCCUCACGAGCAAACACGACAGCAGCAACAGUCCAACACAUGUAGUCCUCUUUGCUAACUGAUGCUUAAAGCUUUGACUUUACCUCAAGAGUUUGGAUCCUCGUCAGCACUUGGUUCAUUCACAGUAACGUGAAGAAAGUUUAAAAACUGUGUGAAUCUUUAAAAAGUCCUAAUUUGCUCCAUAGUUUAUGAUCCAGUUUUUCUUUCACAGGCCAAAUAAAUGCAUUCAGCGGCAGAUAUUCCUGCAUUUAACUUAAAUCAUGAUUGAAACUGGAAUUCAUACUUGAAUAAAAAUUUAUUUGUGCUCUGGGCGUUUCUCCCCCCAAACCCCCCCCCCCCCACAGUCAAAUCCCCACACAUUUGACUUCCCUUUUCAUUUUUUAACCAAAAACACAAAUGUUAUGUUAUUAUUUUGACCUACCAAACCUAAGUUAAUAAAUAUCUUUUUCUUUUA